GAAAAUUAAAUAUAUAAAACAAAAAAAAGGGAGAAAAGCAAAUACUCCAAAGUACAACAAACACUCCCAAAAGCAUCGCCACGAUUCUCUUCAUCUCUCUCUCUCGCAAUGGCUUUUUUAGCGCUCGGCUAAUUGGAGCUUUUGUCCGCUCCAACUUUCCUCCACUUUUCCCUGGUUCCCACUUUCAAUCCUGAAUUGAAUUUUCAUUCUGAUUCGUACUCUACCCAGUGCUCGGCCGGCCGUGAACCUCUUUUUUCUCUUCCUCUGAAUCUCUGGUUCGUCGGAGAUAAGCAGCGGCGGCGGCGGUUUACUGUUAUUGUUAUUAUUUUAUAAUAUAGCAACAACAACAAUAUGGCAAUUGAGGAGGACGUGGAGAGCUGCGGCAGCCGAGCGGCCGACUCUUUCUCGCACAUCAAUCCUCGCCAUCACAGGCAGAAGCUGGAGGUCUACAACGAGGUUCUCCGCAGAAUUCAGGAUUCCGCUCACGAAGACGCCAAUCUUCCUGGCUUUGACGAUCAGCUCUGGCUUCAUUUCAAUCGCUUGCCUGCACGAUAUGCUCUAGACGUUAACGUCGAGAGGGCGGAGGACGUGCUUACUCACAAGAGACUGCUACAAUUGGCAGAAGAUCCUGCUAAUCGACCUGCAUUUGAAGUUCGUUUGGUGCAGGGAAAAGCUCUUGAUUCCAUUCAUUUAGAUUCUUCACUGAGAGAAGAUGCUCAAAGUUCUUAUUUAUCAAGCAGACAAGCCACCCAUGCUCCUCCAACAUUUGGUUCGUCAUCAAAUCUUGAAGCGCUCACGCACAGAUAUCAUGUUGACGAUGGUGAUAGCGCUGUAAAUUCAACAUCAAACCAUGUCAGGCCCAUGCAUGAGAUCACCUUUUCGACUGUAGACAGGCCUAAACUCCUUAGUCAGUUGACCUUCCUGCUUGCUGAAGUUGGGUUAAAUAUCCAAGAGGCCCAUGCCUUUUCUACUGUUGAUGGGUUUUCCCUUGAUGUCUUUGUCGUGGAUGGUUGGCCUCAUGAGGAGACCGAGGAGCUUAGAAGUGCCCUGGAGAAGGAAAUUCUGAAGACCAAGGAACAGCAGUGCUCAAAACAGCCUUCUAUUCCCACCAUCAGCAUUGUUAAUAACACGAGGAUUGUACCACUUCCUGGUUGCAUAGAAAUACCAAGUGAUGGCACUGACGUCUGGGAAAUUGAUGCCAGUCAACUAAAAGUUGAAAACAAAGUCGCAUCUGGAUCUUAUGGCGAUCUAUACAAAGGCACGUAUUGCAGUCAGGAAGUGGCUGUCAAAGUCCUAAAGCCAGAGCGUGUCAGUGCCGAAAUGCUUAGAGAGUUUUCUCAAGAAGUUUAUAUAAUGAGGAAAGUUCGACAUAAGAACGUUGUACAGUUCAUAGGAGCAUGCACUCAGCCUCCAAACUUGUGUAUAGUCACAGAAUUCAUGGCAAGAGGUAGUAUCUAUGAUUUUCUGCAUAAGCAGAAUGGUGUCUUCAAACUUCCAUCCUUAAUCAAAGUUGCAAUAGAUGUGUCAAAGGGAAUGAAUUAUCUCCACCAGAAUAGCAUAAUCCACCGGGAUUUGAAGACGGCCAAUCUACUGAUGGAUGAAAAUGAAGUAGUUAAGGUUGCUGAUUUUGGAGUAGCCAGAGUACAGACUCAAUCUGGAGUAAUGACUGCUGAAACUGGGACGUACCGGUGGAUGGCUCCCGAGGUGAUUGAACACAAGCCAUAUGAUCACAAGGCAGACGUUUUCAGUUUCGGAAUAGUGUUGUGGGAGCUUCUAACCGGAGAGCUUCCGUACUCAUACCUAACCCCAUUACAAGCAGCUGUGGGCGUGGUGCAAAAGGGGUUGCGACCUACUAUUCCAAAACAGACUCACCCAAGACUGGCGGAGCUUCUUGAGAAAUGCUGGAAACAAGACCCAACUCAAAGGCCCAACUUCUGUGAAAUCAAGGAUAUCCUUCAGAAAAUCGCCAAAGAGGUAAGUGGUUAAUAGUCCUGUUAGGGCCUUUUGAUUCUGGUUCAAACUUGCAAUAAUGACAAACCAACUACGUAACGGUUGGAAUGGAAACAGGUUGGAGACGGGAAGGAAGGUCGCCGAAAGGAUCGAACAUCUGGUGGCUUUUUCUCGUCGCUCAAGAGAGGCCACAACUAGAUCUGGAAAAGCCAGAUUGGUAUCAUAAGAAAUAAUUUCUUUUUUCGUUUAAGCUUCUAUUUGGUGCAACUGUACAUACUGCUAUGGACUACAGAGCUUUGCCUUGGUGCAUUUUCGGCUUUGUCAAUGUCAACUUCUCCUUUAUUGCUUCAGGCACCUUUCUUGAUGUUCAUAAAUCAUAACAUUCACUUGUGGAGAGUUGGAAACCAUUUCUCACAGACUUAUUGAACUAGUCACGACAAUGGGUGGACACACACACUGUUAUAAAAGAGCCCAAUUGUUGCUUUGGCGUGAA